GGGGACGGGUUCCUGUAGGAGACUGAAGAUCGCCAGCUGCCAUUAGAGCCGCUGCUGCGAAACUGACGCCAUUGCGCAGGAGGGCCCGUUCGGGUUCUCUUCUGCCGCUGGUCUGGUGAGCGCCGCGUGCGGCCUCCUUGCGUGGGCCGGACUCCACGAUCAAGUUGCCGACCACCUGCCCGAUCUCAUUUUAGUCUCAUCUAGGAACACCGAAGCUGGGAUGUAGUGGAUGAUGUAAUGGCGGAAGAGCCCAGUAGUAAUUACAAAUUGCAAAUUAGACUCCCCAAGAUGUCAACCAGAGUCCCUCAAGGCCAUACUUGGGCCCGACAGGUGAAGGAGGAGGAUGAGGAAGAAGACCCGCUGGACCAGCUGAUCUCCCGCUCUGGCUGUGCUGCCUCUCACUAUGCUGUGCAGGAGUGCAUGGCCCAGCACCAGGAUUGGCGGCAAUGCCAGCCACAGGUGCAGGCCUUCAAGAACUGCAUGAGUGAACAGCAGGCAAGGCGGCGGGAGGAGCUGCAGAGGAAGAAAGAGCAAGCCAGUGCCCACCGCUGAGACCCCAACCCACCUAUUCCCAGAGGACAGCCCUGCAGAAACCAACGGCCCUGCAGAAACCCACACCCAGAGAGAUCAUGGGAGGAAGAAAUCCUAAACAGUAGAAGUGCGGACCAGAAGGCGUAAAAUUUGGGCUUAGUCUUUGGGAUUGGGUUGAGAGUCAGACAACCAUGGGUAUGGACAUGACUGCCAUAAAGAGCUGUCGUGUUUUCAUGGUCAGAUUCCACACAGCCUCACCUAUAUUAUUCCACCUAUUUCGUCAUGUAAAACAAGAAGUUGGGUUAAGGAUACCCCCUACCCCACAUCUUGGGUCAGUGCGCCAAGUACUAAACUGAUAACGUGAACAUUUUAAUUUUAAAAGUAAAAUUCACAAUCUAAAGUUAAAUUGGUUGCUUGAUCAGGUCUUCAUUUAUUCAGUCAUUUGUUCAAUAACAGCAGGUAUUUCUGAGACCUUCCCAUAUGCCAGGCAUUGUGUUGGAAACUGAUGUGAUGAAUAACAUGAUCUUUGCCUUUCAUGUUUAGAAUCUAGUUUAAGAGAAGGAGAAAUAAAACAACUCUGGAACAGCGAAUUCAUGGCAGUGAUACAAGUGCCUUUAUCUUUCAUCUGUUGUUCUGGAUGUUUCACUGUAAUGAGAGGAAGAAAGCAAAUGGGGAAACUUUUUAUUCAACAAACACUGAGUGACUGGUAUCUGCCAUACUCAGUUAAAUUAACCCGAUCCAGACUCUGACUUCAGUGCACUCUAAACCCAACAGAUACAACGUUGGCCUAACAUUUAAAAAUUUUAUUUAACAUUAAAAUACAGAUUUUCAGCGAUUUACAGAAUGGAAAAUCUGUGAACCUAGAGUUUGUAUUCCCACUUCAUAAUAAUUUGCUGAAGCUGAAUUAUAAGGCCUCCUUUUAGGGGGUUGUUUUCACCAACUCAUAACAAUUGCCAUCUCUUUUCAUUUUUCUUUCACGGGGUUACUGUACAUUCUCUUACUUCCUGCCUAGCCCUGUACGGCAUGGGGGGUGGGUGCUGUGACCACUGCCAUAGAAGCUGGACUGCAGAGGGGGCCGUAUGCUCACAUUAUCAACAAUAAUAAACAUUUCUUGAGUAUUAGAAGUCCAAAUGAAGUAUAAAAAAAAACCUGAUGCCGUCAAGUCGAUUCCAACUCAUAGCAACCCUAUAGGAUAGAGUAGAACUGCCCCGUAGAGUUUCCAAGGAAUGGCUGGUGGAUUGGAACUACCAAUUUUUUGGUUAGCAGCCAGGCUCUUAAGCUGCUAUGCCACCAGGGCUCCAAAUGAAGUAUAAACCCAGUGCUGUCGACUAGAAAUAAUGAAGUAUGGUAGGCUUUAAAUCUUUGAGCCCUUGUAUUAGUAUUUGGGGAAAAGGCAAAGACAGAAGAUAUGAGGAGAGGCAGUUUAAAAAACCAUAAAAUUCUGUUUCAACAGUUUAAUAGGAUAUAGGAUGACCAGGUGUGUGUGUGUGUGUUUGUGUAUACACACACGCAUAUGAAAAGAUGCAUGUUCGUGUGGUCAUGUGUUCAGUGCUCUGGGUCAUCACAGGGAGCAAGCAGAGUGACAGAAGCAGUCAGCAAGGGUCUCAGAAGAAAAGGAGUUAGUUGAGUUGAACUUUUAGAGAUGAAGUAGACAUUACCUAUUUGUAACAUAUAAUACAAGAUUACCAUCCAAAGUAAAUAGAAAGUACCUAGAAAUCAGUAAGAAAAAGCAAACAGCCCAAUAGAAAAGUGAACAAAGUUAAAUAUGCCCCAAAAUAUAGGAAAAUGUGUUCCACUCACUGAUAUUCAGAGAGAUGCAGAUUUUAAAAACAAAGAAUUAUUAGCUGAUUGUACCGUGGGCAGUGCAAAUGGUUAAGCCCUUGACUACUAGCCAAAGUGUUGGCAGUUAGAACCCACCCAGAGGCUCUUCAGAAGACAGGCCUGAUGAUCUACAUCCAAAAAUUCACAGCCUUGAAAACUUUAUAAAGCACAGUUCUACUGUGACACACAUGGGUUGCCAUGACUGAAUCUGAAUCAACUUGGCAGCUAACAACUAUUGACAAAAAUUAAAAGUAUUUAUAAUGACCAGUAUUGGUGGAGGAGCUGUUGAUGGUACAGUGGUUAAGCACUCAGCUGCUAACCGAAAGGUCAGUGGUUCACUCCAUGGGAGAAGGAUGUGGCAAUCUGCUUCUAUAAAGAUUAAACCUGUUGCCUUUGAGUCAAUUCCAACUCACAGCAACCCUAUAGGACAAAGUAGAGCUGCCCCAUAGGGUUUCCAAGAAACAGCUGGUGGACUUGAACUGCUGACCUUUGAGUUGGCAGCCAAGUUCUUAACCACUGUGCCACCAGAGCUCCCCAUAAAGGUUAUAGCCUAGGAAACCAUAUGAAGCAGUUCUACUCUGUUCUGUAGGGUCACUAUGAGUCAGAAUCGACCCAAUAGCAAUGGCUUUUUGGUGGAGAAUUGGUAGGUAUGGGAUGAAACAGGCACACACACUAUCGAAGGAUCAUAAAUUAACAGCUUUUAGAGAGCGGCAUUGGUGGGAUCUAUACAUUUUUGAUAUUUAAACAGUAAUUCCUCUUUCAGAAAUCUUAAAUAUAUUUUUAUAAGAUAUAUGUCCAAUUUCAAAAAGGAAAUUAAUGAGUGCAAGUUGCCCACAGUGAUAUGUUUUUCUUUAGUCUCUCAGCUCUGCAGCCCAGAGCUAUGGGGUUGGAGUUCAUUGCAGCAUUGUUUAUGAUGGUGAAUAAAUUAUUACAAUGUAAAUUUCUAUCAAUGUGGACAUUUGAUUAUAUGUUAAUUUUUUUUCCAACAGGAAUGUAUCGAUGUGUUAUUUUGUGUAAAUAAAGUAGAAAUAAUAAGUCAUGGGGUGGGGUACUAGCAAAGAGGAAGGAUGGAAGGACACCCUUAGCAGGAAGAAUGGCUUCCACAGCAGUUAAAUGGAGGGAGCCAGUUUCGGAGGAUUCAAGCAAGCUAACCCUAGGUGCGUGAAGGAAUGCCCUUUGUUAUGGAUUGAAUUGUGGCCCCUCCAAAAACUAUGUAUUGAAGUCCUGGCCCCUAUACCUGUGGAUAUGAUCCUUUCUGGAAAUAGGGUUUUCUUUGUUAUAUCACUUAGGUCAAAAACUGUUGCUGUUGAGUUGAUUCAGAUUCAUAACAAUCCUACAGGACAGAGUAGAGCUGCCCCAUAGGGAUUCCAGGGAAUGCCGACCUUCUAAACCUAAAUCACUUCUGAGUUACAGAAAUGGCAGAGUAAACACAGACACACAAGGAAGAGGAAAUCAGGCGAUGGAGACAGAUGCAUCUACAAGCCCAGAACACCAAGAUUUGCUGGCAGCUACUAGAAGCUGAAAUUAGACAAGGAAGGACGUCACCCUAGAGUGACACCCUGAAUUCAGACUUCUAGCCUCCUGAACUGUGAGAAAAUGAAUUUCUGUUCGUAAAGACACCUACUUGUACUUCUGUUACAGCAGAACUAGGUAACGAGACACAUUGCAUUAGGCAAAGGGGCCUCUGACGCCACCUAAGCCUGUUUCCUCAAGUAAAUGGGGAUAAUCUCUAAAUCACAGCUAAUGAAAUUUGUUACCAUGUAUUGAACUAUUACAACUAAUAUUUUUUCAACAUUUAACCCAGGCAGUCUAGUUCAGAAUCUGCUCUCAAUCCCUCUGAUACACUGAUUUAAAAUCCCAGCCAUACCACUUACUAGCUAUGUGUCUUUCGGCAAGUUAUUCAGCAUCUCAGGCUGCUAACCCAAAGGUCAGCUGUUCGAGUUAUAGUGCCUUGCCCAUAGGGUUGUUGAGAAUUUUUUUAUGGCACAUAAUAAGCAUUCAGUGACUGUUAACUGUUCAUCAUCAUCAUCACUAUUAUUGUGUGACAGUCACUGUCCUGCAUUACUUUAUCUCAUCUAAUCCUCAUAACACUUCUUUUUAGAGGAAUAAGAGUCAAAUGGGAAUCACACUCCAAGUAUACCUCAUUCCGAACCCUGUGUGCUCCUCUGCCCAGUGUUCUUUCACAGGCAUCAAGUGCCUAAUACUGCAUUUAACGGUAAGUAGGCACAUUUACUAUGUAAUAUUGCUUUACUUUUUCAAAAAGGAAAUUAAUAAGUGCAAGUUGCCCACAAUGAUCUAUAUCAGUAUUUUUGUUUGUUUGUUUCAGCUCUGCAGCCUAGAGCCAUGGGGCUGGAGUUUAAAGUGGCCCAUGCCUGUCUAUACAAUCUACACCUAACCUCUGGCAGCUUUGGGUCAUCUCUGCAGAUAGGCUUGGUGCCAGGGAUGAAUGGAGAGCCCUCUUGGCUAGGUGCCCCUCUUGGCUAGGCCUAAGGCAGCCUCAUGAUUUGGCUCUUCCCUGCAAAGUCCUUGGCUGGGGACUUUGCCUUGUGUUCAGUACAAAGGUGCACUGCAAUGUGUUUUACUAGAUGAGUAAGAAGAUACUCCUUCUACUUCCCCCUCAGGUAAAGCUGCCAGACUGAGUCCUUGGGCUGCUGACUUUAGAAAUUAAGACAAAGGGAACUGGAGCCAGCCCAGAUUGAAACCUUACACUCUCCCUCUGCAGAGGACUCUGGAGCUCCCUGCUCAGCUCUGUCAGGGACUUAAAGCAGGUAGAGGAAGUGGGAGGGAUUCUUUCCUUCUCUGCAGCUAUCUUUCUCUAGCAGCUAUCUUUUGAAGGGAAGAAAGGCCUGGCAAUCUACUUCUGGAAAUCAGCCAGUGAAAAUCCUGUGGAUCAUAAGGAUUUGACCCGCAACUUAUCAUGGGGAUGGUGUAGGAAUGGGCAGCAUUUCUUUCUGGUGCAUGAGGUUGCCACGAGUGAGGGGCCUACUCAACAGCAGCUAACAGCUACAGCUUUUGAAGAGUUUUCAUUCUUCAGAACCCGGGUACCUUUCAGAGCCUGCGUAUUCUAUCUAAAUGGUAAACUGAUUCCCCAAAUCUGAAAUGUCAGAGAAUGAAAAUUAUUCUAGGGGACUGUAAGAGUUAAUUGAAUCAUUUUAGAUUCUCCAGGGGAAUCAGUCUUUUAAGACAAAAACAACACAGAGCAAAUUCAGAUUAAACAGCACAAGACACAUUGGCCGCCUCUGUCUGCAGUGCCUUUCCAAGUUUAGUUCCAGACAUGCUGAAUGCACACUCAGAAAGCUUU